CUUGAGGGGAAAGGGACUAACCCUCGUACUAAGAUCUUAGAAGGACGUGUUCUGUGCCCAGCUUGCGGCUGGUCCGAGAUCAGUGCCGGGUGAAGUACGCAUUACGCUUGGGGACGUGGCAAGGACCAGAGACAGAACCUGUGGGGGACGUGACCAAUCCGGAGCUGUACGAUUGCCUAAGGGGCGUGGACGUGCCCAAUCAAGUGGCUCUGAGAGAAGCGCAACCGAUUCCCGGAACGUGGUCUGACCGGUUCGGUCGCGGAUCCGGACCAAUCCUGGUGUUACCUCCUGAGCAGAGUAACCAAUGGCGUUGCCAGAGCCUGAAUGGGCCGUGCCGCCGGAGAACGGGCCCGGGCCAGGGGCGGAGUUCUGAGGUUCCGGAACCAAUCAGGGUGUUUGGGCUUGAGGAGGGCACUACCCAGUCGGCUGCGGCCAAUCGCCCCGUGGUCCUGAGUGGGCCUUUGGGGCGUGGUCCACGGCGGUAGCACGGGUUUCAGGCGGCCCAGGGGCGUGGCCAGGCCUGGACCGCCACCGGGGCCAUGUCCGCGCCGCCGCCCCUACAGAUCCGCGAGGCGAACGCGCACCUGGUGGCCGUACACCGGCGCGCCGCGGAGCUGGAGGCGCGGCUGGACGCGGCGGAGCGCACGGUGCGCUCCCAGGCCGAGCGCCUGGCCCACCACGACGAGCAGCUGCGCGCUGCCCUGGACGAACUGGGCCGCGCCAAGGACCGCGAGAUCGCCGCUCUGCAGGAGCAGCUGCUGACCUCCGAGGCCACUGUCCACAGCCUGCAGGCGGCCGUGCACCAGAGGGACAAGCUCAUCAGGCAGCUGCAGCCCCGGGCCGAGCUGCUGCAGGACAUAUGCCGCCAGCGACCACCCCUGGCUGGGCUGCUGGCAGCCCUUGCUGAGGCCGAGCGCCUGGGUCCCCUACCAGCCAGUGACCCUGGCCACCCACUCUCUGGUGCGCCCAGUUUGCUCCUUGCCAACAGCACUGAGGAGGAAGGGGACAGGGACCACCUCCAGCCAGCAGUGUUUGGGACCACUGUGUGAGCCCCAGAGCACAGAUACCAGAAUGGAGACAGAGGGUGCCUGUGGGGACUUUUUCCACUGCUGUGGGGGUACUCAAGGGUGGGAGUGUCACCGUGUCUCAGGGGGAACCCCAUGGCAGAGCCAUAAUACUUUCCAAGCAUCAGACCUGCUAAAAAGUCAAAUGGUCAGCCUGCAGGCAAAUGAAAUGUUUAGUCCAAAUCUUUUUAAAAAACAAAACUUUUUUUUUUCCAAUUACCCUUGUUGAAAAAUUGGCAACAUUUACACACAAAAAUCUGGAUUUCUGGCUUUAGAUUUGGCCAUGCCUGCCUGGAACUGAACCCAUAAUAGUCUCUUUAGCCACAGUGUGAAUUUUUUAAUUAGUUCCUUCACUUCUCUUAGGGCCAGAUGUCUGGGCCCCAAAGCAUGAGUUUGAGACCUCUCUCUGGUGGAGGCAGAUGGCAUCAAGUUCCAGAUUAUUAGAUUGUUUCUUCUCCCCCUUUCCCCGUCCAGAUUUUCUUUCAUUCUGAAGCAUCCUUUAUCCCAGGAUAGAGCUUUUUCUUACUCCAUCCCAAACCAGAAUUAUUUUUAUUAUUUCCCAACCCAAGGACAUACCUAUUGAUGUUCUAGAGAGGGAGACAGCAAAAUAUUGAUGAGAGAGAAAAACAUCAAUCGGUUUUCCAGUACGCACCCUGACUGGGGAUGGAACCCACAACCUAGGUAUGUGCUGAGGGGAAUUAAGCCUGCAGCUUUUUGGUGCAUGGGACAAGGCUCUAGUCGAGCCACAUGGCCCCCAGACUAGAAUUAAGAGCUUCAAGCUUCAUGCUGUUUUGGAUUAUUUUGAAGACAAAUCCUAGACAUUUCCCCCCUAACUCUGUCCUUCCCUCAACCUUUAACUCAAGGCAGUGUGUGUAGGGCACGUGAGAUGCUGGCAGCCCGGCUGUGCUGUCCUGGAAAACUCAGGCCUCCCUUAACCUUUUCUUGAUAAUGUGCUGCCUCAAGGCCUUUACACUGGCUGCUCCCUCUGCCUAGAAUGCUCUUCCCAGGCGUCACAUGAUGGGUUCCUUAUCACUCGGGUUUUUGCUCAAAUUUCUCCUCAGAAAGGCCUUCUCUGACUACCUGAAGUAAUUCCUCCCCACCCCUGCCACUACCAUUGCAUUUCUUUUUCCUUUAAAAUAUAUAUUUUUAUUGAUUUCAGAGAGGAAGAGGGAGGGAGAUAGAAACAUCAAUGAUGAGAGAAUCAUUGAUCGGUUGCCUCUUGCACACCCCCUACUAGCGAUCGAGCCAGAAACCUGGACAUGUGCCCUUGACUGGAAUCGAACCCAGACCCUUCAGUCCGAAGGCUGAGCCUCUUAUCCACUGAGCCAAGCCUGCCAGGGCUAUUUUUUUGUUAUAGAAGCUCUUACCACCAGAGUGUAAGCUGCAUGAAGGCAGAGCUUUUGUUCUACGCCGAUAGUCCUGUAGGAACAGGAUGGGUCUGUGGGCCCUGAAGGGAGUUGGGGGUCCCCAGCACUUCAGAUAAAACCCCUCCAGUCUAGCUUUUGUAGUGAGCAGCUGGUUCCUAUUUUAUAGUCCCUAGAGAAUCUAUUUUUUAACUCCUUUUUCUACACUGCGCUCUUGGCCAGAGCCAUUCAGGGAGUGUUGCUUAUCAAACCAGGGAACCUUGUGCUCUCCUCAGCCCAGCCUGAGCUGUUUCCCACCUCCUUACUCAGGAAAUUGUCAUACCGGGAACUGCUGUGGGGCAGGGCCUAUUCCCGCUAGAAAGGUUGGCGCCCAUCCCGUCCUCAGGAUGGUGCCUGUUGUCUGCCUGGCAUCUAACACUGACCCCUCAGUAUAUAACAAUAUCCCCAUUUUCUCCUCUGGAUGAAUGAGAAAGGGGGGCUUGUUUGUAUGAGGGAAGGCAGGCUGGGGCCUGUGUGAGCUCAAGAAUAAAUAGGGUGAUUUGUCA